GACGAGCACUGACCACCGUCGCCGAUGGACGUCAUCGGAAUUGAGAAGGCAGUUUCCAGCCGCCUCGGUUGCAGUGGCGGCCUGGCCGGAGGAGGGUGGAGGACUCUGGUCCUUCUCGUCGUUGCCAUCGUCACGUCCGCUGCGGCGCUCUUCGCGUCCUUCACCUCCUCUACUGGCCGCGUCUCCAUCUGGUUCUCGGUCCCUUUCCCUGUUCUCUCCUCCUACGGUGACGUCGGGUCCAAUUCCUCCACGUCGUGGCCUACUCUUCCACUCUCGCAUGCUCCUCCGCCGCUUGCUCGUCCUCUUCUGCCUCUUGGUCCUUCUUCGUCCCCUGUUGCAGCUGCACCACCUUCUCCGUCUCCGACUGCAUCGUUCGUCGCCUCGGAGGUGCUGCUCCCUACUUUCUUACGUGGCUUAAACGUAUACGUCGAGAACAAUUCACUGAUUUCAUGUCGAUACACUGCAGACGCCGCCUUCCUCUGCACAUUCUCCUCCUCGUGAUACCGGUGGCACGGCGACGCCUUCUCCGACAGAGGUUUUUAGGCCUUCUCAUGCUGUUUCUUUGUCUUCCACUCGGAGAUUAAGUGUUUGAUCUCUUGUUU